AUGAGGUACUUUAUGAGGUACCUUUUGGCGUGCAGCGCUGGUGAAAGUUCCGUCGGGGAAGGGCGGGCGGCCGAGCGGGCAGAGUCGACGCGCAAAACCCCGCCGACCAUGAUGACGACGCGAGUGUUAUUAGCCCCAACCACUAGGUCCAGCAUCGCCGUCGGCAAAGGGAAGGCAUUCGCGAAUGACUCCACUUCGCGCGGGGCGACGCGCGUCGUCACAACGGCCCUACCUUCGACCGCCUCGCGAGCAAAAAUAACAAUCAGCGGCGGAGCCCUCGCUCUCGCCCUCGCGUUCACGCCGCCCGCGCUCGCGGCGCUGGACCCGUACGGAGGCGUCGGCCUGGAGAUCUACGUCGGGCCCGACAGGCUCCCCGCGAUCGUCGAGUUCCUGCCCACGAAGACCACGGGCCCGGCGCACGACGCGGGAUUGCGGCUCAACGACAAGAUCCUAGAGGUGAACGGCGUCGCGGCGACGGAGCUCGGAGGUCUGCAAGGGGUGGCGAAAGCUCUGAGGGGCGAGGCGGGCACGGACGUGGACGUGACCGUGGGUCGGGGACGGGGAAGGGCGCCGCUCGCGGUGGAGAAGGUGAGGAUGAAACGCGAGGAAAUCGCGCCAAACCCGCGUUCGUGUUUCGUCGCAAGCUGCGCGCGCGUGUGA